AUGACAAAGUACAAGCCGCGCGAGAACAAAUCUCGCAAUAGCCCCGGCGAAGAACCACCACGGAACGAGGCGACAAACCAGCAGUAUCCUUCGAACCCGGGUCCAUCUGAUCAGACUAGCUACAAUUCUCCUGACGCAAUGAUGAAUCCUAGAGAAAGUUCCUGGGUCCAAAAUCAACCAUCAUACUACAAUGUGGCUGGUUGGUCGCAGACAACGAGCUACGGUCAACCGAUGAUGACUCCGAAUUAUGGCCAUCAGUCGACAAUGAAUUCAAACUCCAUGGGUCAAGAGCAGUGGUACCCAAACUACCAAGUAUCACCGACGUACACUGCUGCAGAGACAACAACAUCAACAGCAGGCUGGAAUGUCUCGCAAGCGCCGACAAACACGCCAAUGAUGGAAUUUCCAGCAGACGCGAGCGAUGAGUAUGAGAAGGAGGACGAGGAAGAGGAGGAGGCCCGAUACCAGGAUUCGAGCGAGAGAUCUCCAACGCCGGGAAACGAAUGA